AUGCCCAGCACGGUAACUUCGACGGCUUCCACAUGGGGAGGAAAAUCAUCAUCAAGACUUCAUAUGGAUUUAAAUGACCUUCUUGAUAGGUCUCAACAAUUAUUACCGGCAACAGACAAUUUUAUUCAAAAGGAUUUGGAAUCUAUUCAUGAACAAUCUAAAAAGUUAAUUCAAAAAACUGCUCGCGGAGAUGUCCAAUCAAAAGGUGAUUAUUUGUUAGCAGCGAAUGGAUUUGAUGUAGAAAAGUACAGGAGAUCAGUGAGUAGAUUAGACUUAAAACAAGCUUUUGAACCUCUUGAGCCUAUCGGAGAGACUGAUAUUGAGGGCUACUUGAAACACGAACACGAUAUGAUUUUAUUAUCAUCCAUUGAAGAAUCAAAACGUCAUACAAGCAAUUGCUUUUACAAAAACUUUAAUGAUUAUUUGGAAAAAGAUUGGGCUUUAGCCAAAGAUAACCUCAUCAAAACUUUGGAUUUACACAAAACUUAUCACGCUCAAGCCUUUAGACCAACAUCAACCUCGAUGAAUGAAUCCUUUCUUCGAAAUACAUCCAGACUUACUCCUUCUUCUAGUACUUUCAAUGUUCCUUCUACUCCAUUCACUCCAUUGGGACCAACACCAACUCCUCACUUAACUCCAAGAAGAGGAAAAACCAAUAUGGAUGAACGUAUGAUUGCCUACAGCGAAGUUAUUUAUAAGUUUAACGAAAGUCUCAAGAAAGAUACACCAUUUGAAUUGAUUAGACAAUUUUCUGAAGUCGCACAUUACAUUGACGAGCCCAUUUCAAGAAAAAAGAGAGGUCGUUGA